AUGGACAAACAUCAUGCUCGUUACUUAUGCAAUACCUUACACAAGACAGUACGAAAAAGAGAUUCAAAUGCUGACGACGAGGAUGACGAUGAUUUGAGGCUUAUGGUGGAACAAAAUCUAAAAUUCAUUUCAACAAAACCCGGAAUCAGAGCGAGGAAGGGUUUAGCAAGCGCUCCAGUGAGUCGAGCAGCCACCGCCACCAUCCAGCAGCUGGCCGAGCUGGUUGGCUCUAGUAUUGCCAAGCAGUAA